UGUGAUAUGACAUUAAUUGCUAUUUCCCAUGUUUUUAAAUCAUAGUUUGGGCCACAAACCCACAAUUGCAGAACAAUACUAUUAUGAAAAUUACAAAUAAUCAUAAAUACAUUAUAAACAAUCAUUAAUUAACAAAACAUAAAUAAUAGCCCCUAUUUGUUUUUUUAAAUUUCUCUUUGUUUUGUCCAAAUAAUUAUUCAAGUAGUGUCGAACUUUCUCUGAGACCCUUUGAAUUUGUGAAUUUAAAACACAAAUAUAUGUUUUUGAAUCUUGGUCCACGCAUAAUUUUUCAAAACAACAAAGAAAGAAACUACUGAUAAAAACAUAAAUAAUCAUGAUAAUCAUAUUGAUUAAUACAAAAAAACACACUUAAUCCCCAAAUCGACAAAAAGUCGUGACACGUCAUGACGGCCGCCGGAGUGACGUCAUCGCGGUCCCCUCCCUCCACGGCGAGAGCGCACAUUCCUAUUGUCCAAGAUGGCGGCGUCGGCGCUGGUCCUCUGAUGCCGACAUGUUUUCGAACGAGUUUAUCCAGUUUCUUUCCACAAACGUGCUGAUUGUCGGCGUCCGCAGCGGGAGCGAGUCCUUGUCGAAGCCGCCGUGUGCCGCGCCGUGUCCGCCGACCGCCCUGAAGCUCGCUCCGCGGGCCGGAUUCCCGCAGCAGGCGCCGAAAAGUUGGAGCUCCAUCACCCUUUGAAACAUGAAGAGGCAGGCCGGGAGGGAGGCGAGUCCGUCCAGGGCCGCCGCCAAGCGGGUGCGGGAGAGGGAGCGAGAGAGCGCGCGGAGGGAGGAGCUGCCGCCGCCGCCGCCGCCGCCGCCGCCGCUGGCCCUGCUGCUGGCGGAGACCCGCGGGUACCACCGACGGAGCCGCAGCAGGGAGCGCGAGAAGCCGCGGGUGCGGGAGGAGCGGGCGGCCGCCCUGGAGCUCCACCACCGACACGAGCUCAGCCUGCUCGGCCGCCCGCCGCUGCGCACCACGGCGGCGGCGGCGGCGGCGGCGACGGAGCUGCCGGCGGCCAGGCCCGGCACGCUGGAGUACAAGACGCUGCUCAUCAGCAACCUCGGCUCGCAGGUGUCGGACGAGGACGUGGAGGACGCGCUCUUCCACGAGUUCAAGAAGUUCGGCGACGUCAGCGUGAAGCUGUCGCACACGCCGGAGCUGGGCCGCAUCGCCUACGUGAACUUCCGCCAGCCGGAGGACGCCAAGGAGGCGCGGCACGCCAAGUCGUCCAGGCUGGUGUUGGGCGACCGGCAGCUGAAGAUCGAGCCCAUGUACGUGAGGAGGCGGAGUGUCACGCCGCCGGACGUGGGCUACCUCCCUCUGCACGCACCGUAUCCCUACAGGCAGCGGUCCCUGUCUCCUCCGGGGCCCGGGGCCAGCAGCAUCAGGGACCUCCGAGCCCGGCACUACGCCCUGGAGACCCUGGGGCUGAGCAGGGAGAGGGAGAGGCUGCUGGACUUCUACGGCAUGCUGGACGACAGGGGCCGGCCCUACGGCCUCCCUCCCAUGCCGGUCGUGGAGGACUUGAAACCCGAGGACGACCAGAGGGCGACCAGCAACCUGUUCAUUGGAAACCUGGACGGUAACGUCGCCGAAGCGGAACUGAGGAGGGGCUUUGACAAGUACGGCAUCAUCGAGGACGUGGUGAUUAAGCGCCCCGCUCGUGGACAGGGCGGCGCGUACGCGUUUGUGAAGUUUCAGAACCUGGACAUGGCCCACCGGGCCAAGGUGGCCAUGCAGGGGCGGCCGAUCGGCGGCAACCCCAUAAAGAUUGGAUACGGCAAAGCCAAUCCCACCACACGGCUCUGGGUGGGCGGCCUUGGACCCGGAAACUCCCUCGCAGCGCUGGUUCGGGAGUUCGACCGGUUUGGAAGCAUACGGAAUAUCGACUACGUGAAGGGGGACAGUUUUGCGUACAUCCAGUACGAAAGUCUGGACGCCUCACAGGCCGCCUGCUCCCAGAUGAGGGGGUUUCCUCUGGGCGGCCCCGAGCGGCGUCUGAGGGUGGACUUUGCUAAAGUUGAGGAGAGCCCCUCUCGGGCGUUUCCCUCCGGCUACCAGCCCCCCGUCGCACUGCCCGCCAACUACGACCUCCUCGUGGAGCCCUACAGCCGCCACCGCAGCCUGGAACGAGAGCUGAGGGGAGCCAGGGACCGCUCGUCGCCGCCCACACACAGCGCCCUCACCCCGAGGGAGAGAGACAGGGCCGCGGUGGAGAGAGACUACACCACCAGCCCGACGCGUAGUCUGGAGAGGAGGGCGGGAGCGGUGGAAGCGUUCGGCAGGAGUGGUAGAACGGCGAGGAGCCGCAGCAGGAGCAGGGAGCGAUGGCUGAAGGAGAGGGAGGAGAGGCGGAGCCGCAGGAAGAGCAGGAGCGUGUCGGCUGACAGACAGACGGAGGAGAGGGAGAAGGAGCGGGAGAAGGAGAGGGGGAGGUCGAGGGUUCGAGGCCCGGGAGCGGCGGUCUCUCCGGAAGUGAGCCCGGACCGGGCGCGGGUCCGAGCGCCCGACUCCACCACCGAGCCGAGAGACCACUCCGCCGACAGCGGUGGAGGAGGAGGAUCACGGCGCACUGCCGCCACCACCAACGAAGAAGAUCCUCCGUCGUCCGGCCGCCACCACAGCAAGAAGUCGUCCAGCACGCACGCCAACAACAACAACCACCAUCGAACCAGCGAGGUCGUCGCCGCCGGCUCACCCGCCGUCCACACGGACACGCACACCGCCUCCCCUCCGAGCUCGCUGUCCGAGUUCGCCCAGGCCUCGCUCGCCAAGACGUGGCACGGCUUCUUCGCACUGAAGAACAGCAGCUUCCCCGCGGAGCUGUACAUGCUGGAGGGCGGGAAGUCGUUCUUCAACGCCGUGAUGAAGGAGAGCCUGAAGCAGCAGAGCCAGAACCAGCCCGGCCAGCUGAAGAUCGCCCAGCGGCUCCGCAUGGACCAGACGCGGCUCGACGAGGUGACGCGCCGCGUCAAGCUGGGGCGGCCCGAGGGCUUCGCCAUCCUGCUGGCCCUCCAGGGGCCAAUCGACCGCCAGGCCCCCGCCCCCGAGCCGGGGCUGCAGGCACGCCUGCUGCGCCACCUGGUGACCUACCUGCGCAACAAGGAGGCGGCCGGAGUCGUGAGCCUGCCCGCCGCCAAGGAGGGCGGCGCCGGGGCCAUGCUGUACGCCUUCCCGCCCGGAGACUUCUCCCAGCAGUACCUGCAGGCGGCCAAAAGGACUGUGGGUAAUCUGGAUGAGGAGCACAUGGUGAUUGUGAUCGUAACUGACACUAAUUGAUUUAAUCGUACUGACGAGUGUGUACAGUACAUGUACAGACGCACACACACUCGCCUGGCGACUACAGAUAACUUCCAUGUUUUUUUUUAAAAAGAUGCUUUUACUGUUUUAUUCAGUGUCUUCUAAAGGAAUCAUGGCGACCGACACUACGUCUUUUACUCUCUUGGUCUUUUACUACUCCACGUCUCCCUCCCUCCGACGUCGCCUCGUUCAGACCAUGUGUUUCUGAAGCAGCGAGGAUGUGAACGUCUGCGCCUGCUGCUCGCACAGGGCUGUGAAAUACAACACUAAACCGAGGGGGUUUGUCCAUAUGCUUGUUUACUUUAUUUGCCUUUUUGGGGUUGUUGUUUUUUUCUACUUUUUCUUUGAGCUGAAUUUAUUGGCCAUGUUGUUUCAUGUAAGAUCUCUGAGGUUUUUAUACAAAAGCGAUUGUACUGUAAACUGAAAGUGUUCCUCUCUGGCUCCACUCCGACUGUUAUGAGGGUUUGUUUGUUUUGUGUUUUUUUUAAAGCACCCAGCCAGUUCGGCCCAUAGAGACUCGAGUGGAUUUCCUGACCCCGUCCCUGAGACUGUUUACUAUUCAUAGUUUAGUGUUUGUAUCAGUUCAACCAUUCCAGUUUAGAAAGGGGUGUGUGUGUGUGUGUGUGUGUGUGUGUGUGUGUGUGUGUGUGUGUGUGUGUGUGUGUGUGUGUGUGUGUGUGUGUGUGUGUGUGUGUGUGUGUGUGUGUGUGUGUGUGUGUGUGUGUGUGUGUGUGUGUGUGUGUGUGUGUGUGUGUGUGUGUGUGUGUGUGUGUGUGUUGCAUGCAGGAAAAGAAAAGAAAAAAAGUUUUAUAUUGAAACCCAUGCUUCCCUUUCAGUACGCUUGUCGACACUUGGGAUGUUCCUCUAUUUGCCGAAGGUUCGUUUAGCUGUUAAUCUACCGGUGCGAGGUUUGUGUUUGUGUAACCGACUGCGGAUUUUUUAUAUUAAAUUUGAAUUCAUCCACCCAUCCAUCUUUAACCCAUCUCUUCUUUUUUUUGCUUUUCAUCUGCCAAGGUGUUUUCAUCAGUUGAGUCCUGCAGUUUUCAUUUUAAACUACAACAUCACUCGGUAGAGAUCAAACCUCCGCCCAAGUCCCAACAGUCCAAAAACACACAUCACGUAGAUGUUAGUCCCCUAAAUAUGUCUUAGAUCCCCCAAUGUUAAAGGAAGUGAAAAAGUAAUAAUAAAUAAUAUUCCUGGAUCUGCCCCUUUAUCCUGGCUCGUUCCACUUGUUGUGUAGUUUUUGUGUCGUCCUGCUGAUAAACAAACUUGGCGGAGAUAAUCAAACCUUGACGUGUGAGGAAUGAGGAGAUUUGAUGUUCGCCUCCGUAAACAUACAAACAACACGCGCGUGUGUAAUUUUAGUGAAUGUCACCAAGCGUUUGAGAACAGUUAAUGUUUUUAACACUAAACUCUUCAUGUAACCGAACUCGCCCUGACUUAUUUUUCUAACAUUGAACUUCAGUGAAUUGUUGUGCCAAGAUAAUAUUUUAGUCAAAACAGAUUUAAAGUACUACUAUGUCCACCCAGAUAUCGAAUGAAACAUUUGAGUCUGAGGGAAAUAAAGACAAUACAUGGGGGCAAAAGACUUUGUCUCUUGUUGUUGGUGUGUGACACUUUGGAAACGUUAAUGCGCAACUAGGUGGAAGGUCGACUCACUGCGCCUGCUCCGCUUAUCGUUUCACAGAAUCGGUGGGCAAGAGUGAAAAAUGUGUCCGGUUUCGUGAUUCUGUCAAAAAUGCAGCUAAAUGUGUAAAAGUUGAGGUGAAAUAUUCGAUAUGCGCAAAACACAGGAAGAUUUUGGUUCUAAGGUAUAAAAGUACAUAGCGCGGGUGAACGUCAGCAGGUAGAAAAGAAAAGGCAGGUUGAUUCAUCUGAUGACGAUUAUAUCAAUGUUUUAAUGGCAACAUUUUUUACAUUCUGUAAAAUGUCAGGAAAAGUAAAUUUUGCCAAAAAGGCCAAAGUAACAUUUUCAAAUUGCAUUUUGGAGAUAUUCACGUAACUGCGACCGGAGAACGAAGAAAACGUCAAAUCUGUGCUGGAGAAGCUGAACUCAGAAAUCUUGGCUUUUUGCAGGAAAAACAUUAUUAUUUUCUCUGAAUCAUCUGAGCUGUAGAAAAUACUGUUUUCCUAGAAGGUUAAACACCUAAAUUUAGAGCCCGGCCGAUGUGGGGUUUUUUGGGGACCGAUGCCAUUACAGAUAUUGGAGUAAAAAAUGUCGUCUUCUGAUGUAUCGAUUAUUGUAAACAAACUACAAUUUGUUAUGGACAGUGGCAAACACACAUGCUGAUAUGAUACAGUUCUGUCUGUUAAAGGAUCAUAUCGGACGAUUUUUAUUGAUCGCCGACAAAUUGGUCGGGCUCUACUUUAAACAUUAAGUAAAUAAUAAAUUAAUAACAUUUGCCUGCAGACAAGUACAACUGUGUUCAUGCCUCUACUGUUUUACUUUAAAAAAAAAAUCAUAGACUGUCUUUUCUUCCUCCUGUGAUAGAACUUUAUGUGGUUGUAUUUACCAGUGUUGGAAAGUAACUGGGUACAUUUACUUUACUGAAGUAUAUAUUUUACUUGAUUAUUUCAGUAUCUGCUACUUUAAUCUUCUCCUACGGUCACGUCACCAUGACAACACUACAGCUCGACUUCUCUUUUCUUUUGCGUCUGCCGUUCUCACGUUUCGCAGCCGAGUCGUCGGUCAGAAAGUUCGUGGAUCUCUGGCUUGAAUGUGUUGGAUGAAAAGUGAAUCGGACCCCGAGAGGUUGGAACUGUGAGGGCGGAAAAGAUGUCACACAGAAACUGUUCAUGAAUGUUUAUCAACACAUGAUAUAUACCUGUUUUGUACAAAUAUGCCAUUAAAGAAGAUAAAGAUGUUAAAAAAAUAAAACUGUACUUUUUAUAUGAUCCGCCCUCGAUGAGCGAUGCUUUUUCCAUCUCGUCUUCACUCGUGGUGUCUUGUGCUUUGACCAAUAAUGUCACGCGGACCAGCUGGUGGAGAACAAAUCCACGACGACAAUCUGUUAUUUGUACAGAGUUCCUCUUGGCUUUUGUUUUUGUGUCAAAUAUAUAGAUGCAUGUUAUUCUGCAUUUUAAAAAAAAUGUAAUAAACAUUUUAUGCUCUUUGUAA